AUGUUGCAGGAAUCUCGAGUUGAGGAACAUUGUGAUGAAGAGCAACCUUUAACAUCGUUUUCAUCUUUGGGGGUAUUUGAACCCCCAAAUAAGAAAAGGAAAAAAGGGCAAGGCACCUCAGCAAAACAAGACGAGCUCUUACAAGUGGCUUGUAAUUUCUUAAAAUCUAAACAGAAACCUCCGCCCCUUGAUGACUGCGAUUUGAUAGGUAAUUUGUGGGCUGUCAAGUUGAGAGCGAUGUCUCCUUUAGAUAGGAAGACUGUAGAGAAGAAAGUAAAUGAUUUCAUAGCUGAAGUGGACAUUGAAAGACUUUCUGUCAAUCCUCUAUGUAUUGAUAUACCUCGCCAAACGCAGAGAACCAUAUCCGGUUCCUCCACUGUCUCUGCAUCUUCAAUGACAAAUAUCUUGUGUCAAGAAGAUUCAAUCGAAUGUGUUGCAACGUUUUUUUCUAAUUAUAAUGAUGACUAA